ACAGCUUUCACAGUAUUCCUCUCGUGUGUUGUUAAACAGCACGUGGGAAAAGUUGAUGGAGGAAGUUUUGAAGCGCCUGCGUCUUCAGCAGAAAUAAUAAUCUUCGGACUGUUUCUGUCUUUUAACUUUGGCGAAAAAUUGUUGACCAAAGAGCAGCUUUUUAUUUGUUGUUGUUUUGAUUUUGUUUUAUGAUAGUUUGUUUUAGGAAUAGGCCUACUUAAAAAAAAAAGUAUAUAUUUGAUUUGCCUGGCUUUGCUCAGAUGCUUCAUCGGCACCUCUUCAGCGCUGCGUUGCAUCCGGCAGAGGAGAGGAGCCCGCGUCCGAGGAUACAAUGAGUCAGUGUGUCCGAGUCCGACACAAUGCAGCGAGAUGCUACGAGAAGGAGCUAUUUCAUCAAGGAUCAGGGACUUUUUGCUCGACUGCACCGAGGAAACAACUGAAGAAUGAAGCCUUAGCCUCUGCAUGACAAGCUAUGAUUAACACAGACUAGACUGUAGACCUCCAGUUACAAAUUCAGCACUCAAGAAUGAAGGCCAAGUAUGCAGUCAUCUUCAUCUGUAUUGUGGCCUUGGUCAUCAUUGAAAAAGAAAGCAACAUCCUGUCAAGGGUCUCUGAUAAAUUGAUCCAGAGGCAGACUCCACAGCAGACCCCACAGACUCCUCAAGAUUAUGCCAACACAACAGAAAGUGGCUCUCUAAUGGUAUUGAAAGUGCUGCUCUCUAAAAUGUCAGUUUCUGACGGGAAUUACUCGAAUUUCUCUGAGGAGCAAGAAGAGGAAGAACUGGAUGAUUUUGACACGUACGGCUACAGUGGUGGCCGUAAGCAUGUGUUACUCAUGGCAACCACACGAACAGGAUCUUCGUUUGUGGGUGAAUUUUUCAACCAACAUGGAGAGAGCAUGUUUUACUUGUUUGAGCCUUUGUGGCAUGUCGAGCGCAUGCUAGCCACAGCUGCAGAGGCAAAUAAUGGGACAGUGUUGGCAGAGAUCUACCGAGAUGUACUCCAGGCACUCUUCCUGUGUGAUUUUUCUCUUCUUGAGAAGUUCAUCUCCCCCCCACCUCAGGAUCAUGUCACCCCUGAUCUUUUCCGCAGAGAGUCUAGUUUAUCACUCUGUGAAGAACCUGCCUGUACUCCUGUAAUCAAAGAUGUUUUUGAGAGGUAUCAUUGCAAGACUCGUCGCUGCGGGCCACUGAACUUGACCCUUGCAUCUGAAUCCUGUCUUUCCAAACAAUACCAUGGCAUCAAGACUGUUCGUGUACGACAGCUGGAGACACUACAGCCUUUGGUAAAGGAUCCUCGUCUAGAUAUCAAAAUUAUCCAGCUGGUUCGAGAUCCACGAGCCAUCUUAGCUUCACGCAUGGUUGCGUUCUCCUCAAAAUAUCAGACGUGGAAGGCCUGGGCGCACGAUGGCCAAGUGCCCGAAGAUGAUGAGGAAGUGAAGAGGCUGAAAGGAAACUGUGAUAACAUUAGGAUGUCGGCAGAAGUGGGACUGAGCCAGCCCCACUGGCUGAGGAGUCGCUACAUGUUAGUACGUUAUGAGGAUAUCGCUCAAUACCCUAUGCAGAAGGCAGAGGAGAUGUACAAGUUCACAGGGAUACCAUUUAGCUCCCAAGCUAGGGAUUGGAUCCUGAAGAACACACAGACCACACAAGAAGCAAGUGGGAUUUACUCCACCCAGAAGAAUUCAUCAGAACAGGCAGAGAAAUGGAGAUUUAGCAUUCCCUUUACACUAGCUCGAGUGGUGCAGAAAGUGUGUGGUCCCACCAUGAAGCUGUUUGGGUACAAAUUUGUGAAUGAUGAGAAAACUUUGAUCAAUAAAUCUAUCAGUUUGCUUGAGCAUAGACAAUUUCAAUUUCAUUAGUCAAAAGAUGAAUCUAUAACACACCGUAUGCAAUAGAUCACAGCAAGAAGAAGCCAUUACAGAACAAACCAAAACUAAUUAACAAGCAUGCCAUAAAAGACAAAAUGCUCUACUGGAAACAGUAACAUUUGGGUCAUAUAGUAAUAUUCACACAUACCAAUUAUGUGCCUCAUUUUAACAAUAAACAUCCUAUUUAUAAAGACAAGCAUUUAUUUCCAGACUUAAGUUACUCAGAAACCUCUAAACUGAUUUAAUUUAAAAUGAAAUACGCUGACAUAAGCCUGGCUGUAAGAGAUUGUUAUGUAAGAUUUUAAUACUAGUUAGUCAUGUUGGGAUUUUCAGGGAUAAACUGCAAUUUAUUACUUACGUAUGUAUACUGUUUGGUACGUGUAUGUGUAUAAAGAAAAGGGCAUUUCUGCUAAUAGUUUAUAAGAUAGACUAGACAGCUGCUAGAAUCUUAUUAGAUUAGACACGAUGUGCUUUGAUAGACUUUGACAAAACUGUCUCAGGUAAAAUGAAUGUGGAACAGCAUUUUCUUUUUGUGUGUGUUCUUGAAAUGUUUUUCAACCAAAUGCCAUUUCAAGGCUUGUGAUGCAAUCCAUAAGCUGUCUGAGUAUGAGACUGAUAAAGGCUUAUAAAGCUGGGCAUGUAAUAAUCAUGAUUUUACAAAAUGAGGAAAUACCAUAGAUAUAAUAUGCCUUACCCUUUAGAUGUGUCUUCAACAUUCCAGUAUUGUUUUACCUAGCAGCUUACCAGCAGCCAUAGUAGUAGUAAUGUACUGUGCAAUGAUGUCCUACCUCUUAAGUAAAUUGGUAGUUUUGGUAUAAUUUAAAAAUGCAGCUUUUUCUUGUAAUAACCUGCUGCUCUUGCUGCCAGAUUGCUUACUUCAGAACAUAUAGCUUCGUGUCAGACAAGUAUAUUUAUGGAAACGUGAAAAAAUAAUUGUGCAGGGAGUGUAUUUUUAAUCAUUUAUAAAGUGAGAGUGAUAAAAUCACCAGAAAUAUUAAGAACUUCACAUUGGUAAGAAUUAAGUUGUGUGCUUUGGUGUUAACUUCUAUAUGGUAGUGUGAACGCAUGUAUAUGGCCUGUGUCUUUAAGUGAAACCCAGGUGGUGUUGCAUUGAUGGUAUAUAAAGGUAACCACUGUGAUACGGAUUCAAUGGCAGCAUUGUGUUCAGCUUGGCUGUGUCCUCAGUGAAACUGCUAUGCUGCUCAUGGAAAAGAAUUUGCAUUUGAGAUUCAUGUAGCAGUGGACUUCUACUACCUAUGCUUUGAAAUGUUAUAUAUCAAUACAUAAAGAAGGUACACAGUUACCAAAACUUAACAUUCAGUCAUUUACAGAGAGGGAAAGGAUUUAGGUGAUUUUUAUUUUUGGGAACUAAUUAAUUUGAGUUCAACUUUUC